CAACGCUAUGCCUGAAUAAACGUGGUUUUUGUUCAUCGCAGCUUUUCAUUCUUCAAAUGAAUAGAAUUUAUUAAUAAAUCGGACGCAUUAUACACAUUCUUCGGAAAUUGCAGUUUGUUGCAUGACUUGUUGUUAAAAUUAAAUUUAAAAUACCGCUUUAUACACAAUAUUGCAUAAUUGUUAUUUUGCUGCUAAAUUGUUGCUGUGCUGUUGGUUGCUGAUUUUGUUGCUGCAUUUUAUUGUUGCUCUUGUUUGCCUUGUUUUUGGAUGCUUCUUCUGUUUUUUUCUCCAAGUAACCAAAAAUGCCUAGUGCGGAGAAAUGUGGUAUUUGCAACAAUUCUAUAACAAAAUCCCAAGGAAGCAUUAUGUGUAAAAUGUGUAAUAAAUGGAUACAUGCCGCCUGUGCUAAUAUCAAUGAAAAAGAUUUAGCUGCUUUAAAAUCUGUCAAAUCCAGCAUUUUUACUUGUGUCUCAUGUGAGAACUGUCAACGAACCAAUCCCAAUAGGAAUAGCAUAUCGGACGAGUUUCGGAGUCUUAAUGCUAAGUUAGAUGGCAUAAUAAUGAGUAACCAGACUGAAAAGAACUCCAUUAAAGCAGCUCUGGAUGAAAUUAAAAAUGAGAUGAGAUCUUAUUUAACUGAACUUAAAUCCGAUAUUAAUAGCUGCAAUGAAAAAGUGAGCAACCUAAAAUCUGCUACAGAUUCAAAAAUAUCAGAUCUCCAGGCUGAAGUGAAUGUGUUACAUCGCAGACUGAAUAGAGCUGACUUUUUAAUCAGCGGCUUGCCUGCUGGGUUAACAGACUUGGUUGCCCCGGUAAUGGCGUUAAGCUCAUUUUUUAAUGUGUCGCUUUCUACUCAUGAUAUCAAUUAUAUUGGCUACAUAAGCAACGGAAAACAGAUCCUAGUUAAGCUGAAUAAUGUUAAUGCCCGCGAUUUAAUCAUGAAGGAGUAUUUCAGAACCAGGACUCUUAAAGUGUUGGACAUAAUUAAAGGUGAAGGUGGUGACCUGUCAAAUAGAGUUUACCUAAACGACCAUUACACUCCUGCUGCGGCAUAUCUAAAUUCGCUCUGUAUAAGGCUUCGCCGACAAGCAGUUAUAACCAAUUUAAGGUUCUAAAUUCAGACAUACUGAAAGCCAAACUGAUACUCACAGAUGGCACCGAAAUUUUUGCAGAUGCUAAGAAAUGUUCUUCUUUGUUAAAUAACUCUGAACAAGUUCAAAAUUAGUGUAAUACAACUUCAGAAAUUGACUGUUCUACUUAAUCUUUAUUAAUGAAUUGAAAAUUGAACUCAUAUUAAAAGUGAAGAGCUGCAUGAAUGUUA